CGUCAGAUUUAAGUAAUACCCCGAUGUGCUGGCGUCACUGCUGGAAGACACGCCCCCCCCUCUCACUACAUUUCCGCAAAGUUUUCGUCUGCGGCCGCCUCACCUUGCUCGGGGUUCGCCACGGUUCCGGGUCUCGCAGAAGCCCGAUAGGAAAAUGAGCGAAGUCCAGUCCAACGACUCGGCCGCCACCGGGGACAGCUCGGAGGAGAAAGACUGGGCUGCGGCCAAGGCUUUCUUUGAAAACCUCAAAACAAACAAACCGAGACCCCCCAAACCCCGGUAUGCCGUCACCAUCGCCGUCUCCUCUCGCACCCUCUUCAACAUGGUGGCAGAGCGGAAGAUCUACCAGGAAGAAGGAAUGGAGAAGUAUGUGGCUCAUCAGGUGGAGCACGAAGGCGAGCCUCUGAAGCCAGGAGCUGCUUUCCCCUUCGUCAAGGCACUGAUGAACGUGAACUCUAGACUGAGGGAGCUCUACCCCGACAGCGAGGAGCUGUUUGACAUCGUCCUAAUGACCAACAACCACGCCCAAGUCGGAGUGCGCCUCAUAAACAGCAUCAAUCACUACGAUCUGACCAUAGAGAGAUUCUGUAUGACGGGAGGGAAAAGUCCUGUAGGUUACCUGAAGGCCUACAUGACAAACCUUUACCUCUCCAAGGACUCAGAGAAAGUAGCAGAGGCCAUAAAGGAAGGUAUUGCGGCGGCCACAAUGUUUAUGCCGGAAACUGAGACUCAGUUGAGCGACACUCAGCUGAGGGUGGCGUUUGAUGGCGACGCCGUCCUCUUCUCAGACGAGUCAGAGAUCAUCGUGAAGAAACACGGCCUGGAUUCUUUCUUCGAGCACGAGAAGGCGUUUGAGAACAAACCUCUCGCUCAGGGUCCCUUAAAGUGUUUCCUGGAGGCUCUGGGGAAGCUCCAGAGAAAAUUCUACGCCAAGAACAAGCGUAUGACCUGCCCCAUCCGCACCUACCUGGUGACGGCCCGCAGUGCAGCCAGCUCGGGGGCCCGCGUCCUGAAGACCCUCCGCAGCUGGGGCCUGGAGAUCGACGAGGCCCUCUUCCUGGCGGGGGCUCCGAAAGGGCCCCUGCUGCAGAAAAUUAGGCCGCACAUCUUCUUCGACGACCAGAUGUUCCACGUUGAGGGGGCCCAGGAACUGGGAACCAUAUCUGCACAUGUCCCCUAUGGGAUCGGACAGAAGUACCACAGGGGGAAACUCAUCGAGCAGCCCGCAGAAAAGGAAUAAACUAAAAACAGUUAAAAUAUAACAAAUGCACUACAUUUCACUCGCAUAAGAACAAAUUUGCUCCAGAAAUUAUAUAUUACAAAGAUAACAGCAUUUUUUUCGAGGACUGAGGUAAUGAAUAGGUAAUGCAGUCCACAAGUUUCCUACUUUGGGGGGUUUUAUAAAGUGUUUUCUACCAUCUCCUUUAUGAUGUGAUAUUACUGAUGCGUGGGGGAAUGUCUUUUCUAGGCAAGAGUUACACCUGUUGGUGCCUUGUAUUCAUGUCUGCCUACCUGUUUACCGUUUUGAAGGGUUUACUGAUAGAGGAUUAACAAUUUCUCUCAUUUACAUUGGAUUUUCUGUCAUUUUCUUUACACUUUUAUAACAAACAUGUUUUUUAUUGUUUUUUUUUUUUUUAGAUUCAUAUACUGUAUUAUAUGACCAGGAUGGAAGAAUAUACUAUAUCUGCUGUAGUAGUUGUUUUUUUUUUUUUUUAUUCUGCAUUGGCUCUUUUAUAGGCCGGCCAGGUAGAGGGUAAAUUUCCAACAUUUUUGGCGUCUGGGCCUAAUCUCGCACAUUUCAUGGGACUCGUUAACCUUUGGGCUUUAUGUUUAAAAGGGACAUUUAUCAGGGUAGAACCUCUAUGGCCUAUAGGGAAAGCUGAUGCUGGCUGUCUUUCUUACUGUCUUUGCUGUUGACGCGCACACAUUAUAUAAAAUGUACACUUUUUAUUUUUCCUUAGACUUUCGCAGCCAUGUUCUGUGAGUUGUUUUAUAUAGGAGUGACGACGUAAUGUAUGUUUGCGGAUGGCAUUUUGCGUAUUUCAUACCGCAAAAAUAACUUGAAAAACGUAAGAAUAACUACAUGUCAUCUAGGAGUUACACAGAUACACUCACUUGUGUGUUCAAUAUCAAGGCUUUUAAUAUUUCUAUAUUUUGUAAUAGUUGUACUCGUGUGGUAACAAAGUAACAUGAUUUUUGCACCAUUUCACUUCUAUGUUCCGAUUUUUUUUAUUU